AUGGGUGAUUACCAUGAUUUGUACUUGACGUCGGACGUUCUUCUCCUUGCGGAUGUGUUUGAAAAUUUUCGAAGCGUAUGCCUCAAAGCCUACAACUUGGAUCCCUGCCACUUCUAUACAAGUCCUGGUCUAGCCUGGCAAGCGUGUUUGAAAAUGACUGAAGUCGAACUCGAGCUGCUGACCGAUCCAGACAUGUAUCUAUUCAUCGAAGAAGGUCUUCGCGGUGGAAUUUCAAUGAUUAGCAACCGUUAUGGUAAAGCUAACAAUCCAUACAUACCCGAUUAUGACCCAGAAAAAGAGACUUCUUACGUGAUGUAUCUUGAUGCUAACAACCUCUACGGCUGGGCAAUGUCACAACCUCUACCCACGGGUGAGUUUGACUGGCUAACCGACCAAGAGAUCGCAGAACUUGACAUCACAGACGUUGCUGACGAUGACGAAAAAGGCUACAUAUUGGAAGUAGACCUUCACUAUCCCUCCGAUUUACACGAUCUUCACAACGAUUAUCCUCUAGCACCUGAGAAAAUGAAGAUUUCUUCAGAAAUGUUGUCACCAUACUGCCAGGAUCUGUCGGAAAGUUUGCAACUUCGUGGUGGCGCUGUAUCUAAAUUGAUGCCGAAUCUUCAAGACAAGACCAACUAUGUGGUCCAUUACCGUAAUUUAAAGCAAUACCUGACACUUGGCAUGAAGUUGACAAAGAUCCACCGCGUUUUAGUAUUCCAGCAAAGCACAUGGCUAAAGUCUUAUAUUGAUUUUAACACCGGGAAACGAAAGCACGCUGCAAACGACUUCGAGAAAGAUUUUUUUAAACUGAUGAACAACUCGGUGUUUGGUAAAACCAUGGAAAAUUUGAGAAGGCGCGUCAACGUCAAACUCGUCAACGACAAGACGAAACUAUCAAAACUAAUAGCGUCCCCUUCCUUUGACUACUUCCGUAUAUUCUCAGAAGAUUUAGCGGCCGUCAACAUGAGAAAGACGAAGCUUUACCUAAACCGUCCCAUCUAUGUCGGAUUCGCCAUCCUGGAUCUUUCCAAAGUACUCAUGUACCAGUUUCAUUACGAGUACAUGAAACGCAAGUAUGACUGCAACGCAAAGUUGCUGUUCACAGACACGGACAGCCUUUGUUAUGAGAUCAAGACCGACGACGUUUAUCAAGAUAUGUUGCAAGACAUCGAUCUCUUUGACACGUCCGAAUACGCGCGAGACCAUCCAUUGCACAGCCUGACGAAUAAGAAAGUCCUCGGCAAGAUGAAGGAUGAAACGCACGGCAUACCCAUACAAGAGUUUGUUGGUUUGAGACCCAAGAUGUACUCCAUCCUUUACACAGAAAACGACAAGCAAGUGGAGAAGAAAACUGCCAAAGGGAUAAAGAAGUCCGUAACAAAACGAAAGCUCCGACAUACUAAUUACAAAGAAUGCUUGUUUGAGAAGAAACGGACAAUGGCUAGCAUGAAUCAGAUUCGAAGUGAACGCCAUGAAAUCUACUCCAUUACACUUAAUAAAAUAGGUCUUAGUCCUUAUGACGACAAACGAUAUAUUUUAAACGAUGGAGUGAACACACUUGCUUAUGGACAUUACAAUGCAAAGUAA